AUGACAAAAUUAUGGCUGCAACAGAUCCACAAGUUUUUGGGUCGUAAGGUCCGCCCAUUCGACGAUGCUGAAUGGGAGGGUCGUCGAGAACAGAUCAUGCUCACGGGGUCGUAUGCCAAAUUUGUUCAAAACCAUGCCAUGAAACAUCAUUUACUGGGGACGGGUACCCGCCUCCUUGCGGAAGCCAGCCCCUUCGACCGUGUUUGGGGUAUCGGCAUGUCUGCAUGCUUUCCAGAGGCUAGCGUUUCAUCCAAGUGGGCGGCUAGCGGGACGAAGCCCGUUGCAUCACGUCCGUAUCGUAUCAACCCGUUGAAUCCAAAGAAAGUGGAUGCCAUUUUGGACCAGUAUUUGGCGGCAGGGCUCAUACAGCAUUCGACGUCUUCGUGGGCUUCUCCUUUGGUUGUCAUCCCCAAGGAGGACGGAUCGGUUCCCAUCACCGUCAACUACAAGGCCCUGGUGGAUUUGGAUGGACAACCUCUCCCUCGGGUGGACGGUAUCUUGGAUUCUCUGUACACCGGGAAAGUGUUCUCCGUCUUCGACCUCAACUCGGCUUUCCACCAGAUCGUUUGCGAUGAAGACACUGUCCCGCUCACCGCCUUUUGCACUCCCACGCAGUUGUUCGAAUGGCUUCGAAUGCCGCAGGGAGCCAACGCAAGUGUUAGCCCUGAUGGCGUCAAGGUUAGGGCGCUCACGCACAUGCCGCCGCCGACGAAUGUUUUGCAGCUUCGGAGCCUUCUCGGUGGACUCAGUUACUACCGGAAAUUCCUCAAGAAUCUCGCCACCAAGGUGCGGCCUGUCAACUCUCUUCUCAAACAAGGCGUUCCCUUCAAGUACACCCUGGGCAUGGUCAAGGUUGUCAAAACGUUGUUAAGCGAAUUCGCUCGUCCCCCGAUUUUGGUCUUCCCGGAUUGGGCAGCGGUUGAGGACGACAGCCGUCCUCUCCGUUUGUGUUCCGACGCGGUUAUCGACGGCUUUGGCGCCUCCUUGGAACAAGAACAGCUCGAUGGCUCGGNGUCAACUCUCUUCUCAAACAAGGCGUUCCCUUCAAACCGUUUCAGUCGGAGAGACGACAUGUUCGCAGUUACAGCGGCGGAAUUUACGGCGAAAGGGGCGGCUCACAUCUUCGUCAACCAGUAUGUGACCAAGUGGGGAUGUCCGACUACGGUAUUGCCGGACAACGGACUGCAUUUCUGCUCGAAGCUCUCCAUGGCGAUCUACGAGGUGAUUAAGAUCAAGAAGGUCACCACCAGCUCCCACCACCCACCGACCAACGGCGGCACGGAACGCGUCAACCACACGAUGGCCCAGAUGCUUGCGGUGGUCGUCAACGAACAGCAAAACGAUUGGGACGUACAUCUCCCGCACGUUGAGUGUGCCUACAACAAUUCCGUGAACCAGUCUACUGGAUUGGCGCCAAACGAGAUCCACAUCGGACGCAUCCCGCGACUUCCGCUUUCGGUCUUCGAUCAUCCCACGGUAGGUGGUCAUCAAAGCUUGGCCCGCGAUCAACUCCAGUAUUGCAACCUGGCUGUCGAUCGCCAGCGCCGGGCCUACAAACUUGUCCGUGAGUACAACGCCCUGAAGAUUUCGCGAGUCGAACGUCGCAAUUCAUCCCUGCUGGACGCCAUUCACAAGCUCCCUCAGUUUACCGUUGGCGGGUGGGCUUGGGUGUACAACACGGCUGCUACAAUUCGACAGGGUGUCCAGAAGGACACGGACCAACAGGUGUUCAAGGCCAAAUUCGCACUUUCUUGGACGGGGCCCUACAAAGUUCUUGCGGUGGGUCCCGCCUCUGCUGACGCCGCUCCGGACGGCCGCCCGUUGGCGCAUAAACUCCUCUACCUGGACCUGCCUUUCGAUCUUUCAGGCGCAGCAGCUCGUUGUCGCGUGUCUGUCCUUCGUUGCAAGCCCUGUCGCAAUCCGUACGAGACGGACGACUUGCCGCAAUCUCUACCUGCCGAGCUUUCGCGCUAUGUUCUGCACUCUUUUGGAGAUAAAUGUCCACGUCACCACGGAUGA